AUGUAUCAUUUCUUGGAACAGAAAAAAAACGUUUUAAAAAUAAUAAAUAAUGAAAGCAGUUUAUUUAGGUAUGUAGAUAUUUAUAAAAAUUGUGAAAAUGAUGUAUAUAAUAUAUAUUUGAAUAUAUAUAAAGCACAAAAGAAUGGGAUCGGAAAUGAUGAAAUAAAUAAUACCUUUAAAUAUUCGCAAUGCUGUAAGGAAAUACCUCAUGAUAAUAAUAAAUUUAUUGAAAAAAAAGUUAAAGAAAUAAUAGAGAAAAAAGAAAUAAUUGAAAAAGAAAAUGAUAAAUCAAUAAAAAAAAGUAUCGAUUUAUUAAUUUAUCCAUGUAUAUACGAAAUUAAUAUGAACGAAAAUUAUUUUACAAGUUCGUGUUGUUCAGGUAGAACAAUCAUAUUUUGUGAAGCUGAUAAAUCGAAAAAAGAAAAUAAAAAAAAAACGAUUUCCAAUAAUAAUUUAGACACACCCAAUAGUGUUAAUGGAUUAGAGGUUAAUUGUAAAGAUAAACAAUUUCUUUCGUAUUUAAAAAAAAAAUAUAUAUUAAAAAAGUUUAUGUUAACUAAUGAAAAUGAAGAUGAAAAAAAAAAAUAUAUCGAUAUAAAUAAUUAUAAAUAUUUUUCGAUCUCAGAAAAGGAACCCAUUCACAGAAAAAACGUUAAAUUAUUUUAUUGUAGUCAUUCGCAUCACAACUUGGAAAUCGAUACAAAAAAUAUAAAAAAAAAAUUGUUAGAAAAUUGGAAACAAGACUUUUGUUAUAUAUUAAAUCAAAAAAAAUAUUUAUCUAAAAAUGAUGAAAAUUUGGAUACACCUAAUAAGGAAGAAUUUCGAGAUAUUAAAAAUAAAAAUUUGAUUCAUAGUUUUAGUGAUAAUGAAAAUAUAGAUAAUUAUUUCGGAUUAAAUAAAAAAAAAAUUGAAAUAAAAAAAAAAAAAAAUGUAUACAUAAAAUUCGAACCUUUUAUUAUUCAUGUAAAAUGUAUUGAUUUAUUUACUGCAUUAAAGUUACUAAAAAUAACUCAAAUUGCUGGAUUGAAACAAAGUGGUAUUCUUAAUUUUAAUAAACAUGUAACUGUUGCAAUUAGAGGGUCAAUGAGAUUAGAGCAUUAUUUGGGAAAUCUGUUAGAUAUAGAUAUAAAUAAAAUGACAGAAUUAAUUGAUAUAUGCAAUAAUAAAAUGUCUAAAAAUAUUAUGCAACUUAUACACUUUUAUAAAUGUUAUAAAGAACAAAUGUAUACAACCAAUAAUGAAUUUUUUGAUAUUAAUUACAAAUUUGUGUGCGAUAAAAACCAGAUAAAUGACCAUGCAAAUAAUAUUGGAGAAAAAAAAACAAAUAAUAAUAAACCGAUCGAAAUUGGUGAGAUGGAAAAUAGGUGUUUUAGAAAAAUGGAGAAUACAAAAAAUAAAAAAACAAUAAAUAUGAAAAAAAGGGAUACAAAUAUAAAACAAAUAAACUUAAAAAAAUAUAAUGUAGAAAUAUUAGAAAAAGGGGAAAUCAUAAAUAUAAAUACCGAAAGUAAUGCAGUAAAUUGGUCGGUUUUUCCAAAGAAAAAUGAUGUUCAUAAUUUUUUUGUUUGGGGGCAUGAUAUGUUUAUGGAUAAAAAUAAAAUUUAUUUAUUUGGAGGGUUUACGAAAGGAGUUAGAAAUAAUAAAUUAAAAAUUUAUGACAUAUUAAAUAAAGAAAUCAUAAUAAAUGAAACUGAAUUACCAUCUUUGGCAUUUCACGUUUUUUUAAAAUUAGAUGACAAUUAUGCAUUUAUAUUUGGGGGAAGAAAAAAUCCCCAAAUAUGUUCUAACAAUGUAUGGAUUUAUAAUAUUAGAAAAAAUACUUGGAAUUUGGCAAAAAUUAGAUAUAAUAUGAGUAGUGAGCAUAUUGAAAAAAAUAGCAAAGAUUCUGAAAAAUGUGAAAAUUGUCAAUAUAAUGAAGUACCAGCUCCAAGAUACAGGCAUGCAUGUGUAGUUGUAAAAAGAUAUAAAAAAAAAGGAAAUAAUUCAAGUGUUUAUAUAUUUUAUACAUAUGGAGGUGUGAAUAAUUCAAGCUUAAUUUUAAAUGAUAUUUGGAAAGGAAAAAUAACGAUAAAUGAAAAAAAUGAUGAAGCCUAUAUUGUAUGGAAUAAAAAAGGGAAUUAUAAUAUUCAAAAAAAUAUAAUUCCAAUUAAAAAUCACUCUAUGAUUUAUAAUAAUAAAAAAAAUAUAAUUUAUAUUAUUGGAGGUAAUUAUGGAAAAGUUUGGGAAAUGGAUAAAGAAAAUUGUAUUAUCAACAGCUCAGCAUUUGAAGAAAUAGAGGAAAAUAAUAAUAAACAAAUAUUAUACAAUAUUGAAAAUAUAAAUUAUAUAUAUAUAUAUAGUAUUAAAACAAAUUUAUUUCAUUUUAUAAAAUGUGAAGGCGAUGAUAAAUACAAUUUUCCUUUAUGUCGAUUUUCUCAUACAUGUUGUUUAAUUGACACGAAUUAUUUUGUAUUAAUAGGAGGGUUAAAUUAUCAUAGAACAUUAAACGAUAUAUGGAUAUUUAAUAUGAAACAAAAUAAAUGGUAUUAUUUAGAUAAAUUUGAUUUCAAUAGUAUGUAUGUAAGAUCAAAAGUUGUGUGCGAAAAUUAUAAUAUAUAUAUUAUUGGUGGUGGCUGUAUUAUUUUCACAUUUGGAAGUUUUUUCGAUUUACCUGUACAUGCAAGUUUUAGGGAAGCUAUUGUGGAUAUAAAAAAGUGUAAUUCAAAUGAUAUGAACAAGGGAAUAAAAAAAUAUAUAUAUGAAAAAAAAACAAAUAUAUAUAAGAACAAUGAUAUAGAAGAAAAUAAAAAAUCAUCUCUAUAUGUAAAAGAUAUCAAAAUUAAAAAAAUAGAAAAGUGCAAAAAAAAUGGAGACACCUCAUAUAACUCAGAUCUAUAUAUUAUAGCAAAGGAUAAAAUAUUUGUUAAGGAAAUAAAAAAUUAUUUAGAAAAUGUAAACAAUUUUGAUAAAAGCAGAAAAAUUGUUUUCUCUCAAUUUAGUAUAAACAAUAUUAAAAAAGAAGGGUUUUAUGUACCAAUUAAGAGAAAAAUGGAUAUGUCAACAAAUUUUUUAGAAAAAAUAUUUUUGUGUGACAAUAAGGGAAUAUUUUAUAUGAACGGCAAGGUAAAAAAUGAAAAAACAAAUUUAAAAAAAAAAUUAAAAGAAUUAUUUGAAAAUUUUGUAAAUAAUAAAAUAAAAAAUUAUUUAAAUGAGUCGGGUAAAAGCUUAAUUUUACGAGCUUGUAAUAAAUAUGAAAUAAUAGGAAAUAUCCUAAUAUUUCAUUAUAUGCAUUUAAAACCGUUGAUAGAUUUGUGCAUUCCAUAUUUGAAGGAAAGUGAACAAAAUAAAGAAGGUAUAGGCUUAUUGCUGUUGCGAAGAAGAAAAGAAAAAUGGAAAAAAAAAGAAAAAUAUGAAAAAAAAAAGAAAUAUAUUGAUAUUUAUACUAUGAUGAAAAUGAAGUAUAAAUAUAACAAUCUUAUGAAACUUAUCUACAUUUUUUUUGUAUCUAUAAAAAAAAAUUUUAAUUAUUAUACACACAAAAAAAGCAGAAAUAAUUUAAAAACUAAUUUAUUUGGAGGAAUAAGAAGAUACAACAAAAGUCUUUUCAAAUAUUUAGCAGCCAAACAAAAUAAACGAAAGAAAGUUAUUAAAAGUUUUAGAAUGUACAUAGAAGAAGGAAUAAUAUGCAGAAAUAAAUUUUUAAAGAUUCAUAAAUACGGGAAUGUAAAAAUUAGAAUGUUUAAGCAUGAUGAAAUUUGUAGAGAAAAGAUAAAAUCUAUUGCUAUAUAUGAAAAAAUAACUGGAAAAUUAAGAAAAAACAAAAUAUAUUUAAUGAAUGGGCAAAAUUUAAAAACAAUACAUACAGAAAAUAAUGUUAUGUACAAAUUAGAUUUAAGCAAAUGUAUGUUUUGUUCUGGUAAUGGUACCGAAAAAGAACGAAUGAAAAAUAUUUUUUUAAAAAAAAAAAUAAAUAUAUAUGAUAAUAAUAACCAUUAUAUGGCUGAAGACUUUCGAGAAAAUGUUGUGGAUUUAUUUUGUGGGGCAGGAUAUUUUACACUUCCUUUGUUAAAAUUUAUAGGAGAUAGAAAAAUAAAUAAUUAUUAUGCAUUUGAUAUUAACCACCAUUCAUUGAGUUUUUUAAAAAAAUCAAUAAAAUUAAAUAAUAUAAAAAAAAAAAACUUAUAUAUAUUAAAAGAAAAUUCUUUUCAUAUGUCAAAAAAUGAUAACAUAAUUAAAAAGUGCCAUCGAAUUUUAUUGGGGUUAUUACCAAAUAGUAAAAAUGCAUGGAAAAAGGGUUUUAAUUUAAUAGAUGAUAAAAUAGGAGGUACAUUGCAUAUACAUGGAGUUGCAGAAGAAUGUUAUAAGGAUAAUUUAUUUUUUGAAAUAUUAAAUACUUAUGAAUAUGAAAGAUAUAAUAAAACAAUGGGAAUUGAUAAUACAAAGGAAACAAAUGUGUUAGAAUUUUUGAAAAUUGGUAAACGGAAUCGUGAUGAAAAAGAUAACAAUGUUAACAAACAUGAAGUAAUAAAUAAAGAAAUUAAUCAUAAAUAUUCAGGAAGUAAUAUAUCACCUCGAUUAAAUUUUGCUCAAUAUGUUUUGAUAGAAAUUUUUAAAAUAGCUAUGGAAGACUAUAAAAUAUAUAAAACACAUUGGGAAGUUAGUAUUUCACAUGUUGAAAAAGUUAAAUCAUAUGCUCCUUAUAUUUAUCACUAUGUAGUUGAUAUUGAAUGCAUUCCUCAAUUAAAAUAA